GCUGAAUUAGAAAAAAAAUGAAAAUGUGUUUAUGCCCUUUGUUUUGACAGGAAAGUACGUUUAAGCCAAAACAAACAUGUGAUAGUAACUACUACGUACUAGAUAUCAGAAAAAUUGAACAUGAACCUGCAAACUUUAUUCCAGGACUUUAAUCCAAGCAAGUUCCUUGUUCACGUGUGUUUAAUGGUUUUUACCGCUUUAUUUGCCCUGCGACUUGAUGGGACAAUUAUCUGGAGUUACUGGACAGUGUUUAUACCAAUAUGGUUUUGGAAAUUUAUGGUUAUCUCAGGGGCAACUGUCGGCAGCUAUGUAUGGUGGAGGUACCCACAUUUUAGGUUGGAGGGUGAAGCAUAUGUGCACUACAAAGCAAUGCUAAUAAGCUUAGCACUCCACUUGAUUCUUCUAAUGUUUGAACUGCUGGUUUGUGACAAACUGGAGUCUGACAGACAUUUGUGGAUACUUGUUUUCAUACCUCUCAUAUUUAUUUCAAUCGUUUCAAUCGCUGUCUGCAUCUGGGCUGUGAAACAUGACCGCUCGUUUGAGCUUGAACUUUUCUGUUCUGUCAAUAUACUACAGUUCAUAUUCCUGGCUCUAAAAUUAGAUGGAUUUAUAUCGUGGAGCUGGGAAGUUGUUUUCGUGCCACUCUGGAUUUUAAUGUGUCUGUCAUUAGUUGGAGUGUUGUAUACAAUAAUUUUUGCAGGAAUUUUGCUUAGGGCCCCUGAAGUAAAUCCCCAACAAAGGAGAACAUCUUUUAAUUCAGCCUUAGGAUAUACAUUUCUGGUCAUACCAAUACUCAUUUUUCAGGUGCUGCUUGCAAACAAGUUAGAUGGGGCUAUAACACUAAGUUAUGUAGGUGUUGUUUCACCCCUGUUCCUUUCAUACUGUACACUAAUUUUAAUGUCGUUUGGUGCAAAAGGAGGCAACAGAUGGUGGUUUGGAAUUCGAAAAGACUUCUGUCACUUCCUGCUGAGCUUGUGUCCUUUCCUGCAGGAGUACGCUAACAUAGCGUACAGCAUACAGAGUGAUGAUGGUUCUCGCCGAGCUAAUGCUGGUACUAGCAGUUCCAGUGAGACCUCAGUUGCUGACAUGAAAACUGAGAAGAGGGUGAAAAAACCAGAGUUACUAAAACCAGUUGUGCCCGUUGUAUCAAUAGACAUGCCAGACUAGCCAAAAAGGAGGCUGCUGACUCAGCACCUCGUCAUUGUUGACUGAUGUCUUUACCUGUUUAAAAAAAACCGGUAGAGUGACUGAUCUGUUUUCUACAUUUAGGGACUAUUUAUUCAGCUGUGAGUGAUAUGUAUUUUAAAAGUGUUAGUGCA